UCGCUAUCAAACAAUUCAGUCGGUUCUGUCGUUUGUUCGCGAUCGCACGUGUGCAAUUCACCAGUCUCGCGCACAACUUUUUCGCCGCUGGCCGUGAUAUCGAGAGUGAUUCCAGCGACAGCAUAGGAAGCAAACCCUCCCUUUCGUGUCCGGUGCUCGCCUGGUAUGCUUCGUGUGAAUAGUGGGCUCUAUGGGCGCAUAUUUUUUGGGGGACUUGUGUUAAUUAGAAGCAAGUGUUGUUUUGUGUGUGAUUAGAACUGCCAUCAACGUCAUUAACCCGCGGUGGAUUCUUCAUUCUGUGCCGCCGAAUGGUGUUGACCGUGAGAACUGAGAGCAGCGUUUCCGGUUAAGUUGAACCUGGAUUGGCGCAGUAGAACAACAUAUGCAAAACUGGGAUUAGAAGCAAAUAUUGUUAUCCUAAUCGCAUCAUCCAACGGAGCAAAACUCUCACGACAGCGCUUAUUAAACCGAGCCGUCGACCACCAUCAGCGUCAUGCGAGUUUAAUGAAGCAAGUUUAUGAUCGGAUUAAUCUCCUGACGAUGUGAUGACAGUCAGCAGUUCCGUUCAACGACAUCUCUCCGCUAUCGCCACCGGUACUUCAUCCUAGAAUGAUGCUGAAACUGAACUUCCCAUUUUACCGAGGGUGACACUAUCUCUUCGGGUAGGGUAGGAAGCUAAUUGAAAAUAAUCGCUUACCAUUCCCGGUUAUUAGUGAUUCCAAGAGUGGGAAGAUAAACGACGCCUACGGAGGUCCAAGCCCAAGUGUCCCGUGUGUGAAAGUUUCUUAGAGAGGUCGAAAACAGUUGUGUGUGCCACGAUAGCUCAGUGGAUUGUGGAAAUUUUUGCCCAAACUAAUUACAUACAACGAAAAACGAGAACACUGAGUGAAAAGUAAGACAUAGAAAGUGUUAAACCAAAGCGGUGUGGAGUAGUGAAUUUUAAUUAACUGCCAAGUAGACGGCGUAUGUCCAACGAGGGCUAGUUUAUAACAUCUUAUUUGCCGCUAAAAAUGGAAAUUACGAGGCGGAGAAGGAGCUGGCACCACCUGUACGGCGUUGGCUUAGUUCUACUUGUGAUAUCGACCAUCAGCGGUUCCAUCCAGAUAGACAACCGACUAGUGCAGCCACAGCAUGACUGCUUCGAACGGAUAGCCCUGGGCGCCAUGCUGCCAUUUGAGAAGACGUUCCGAAACUCCGACACAAACUCAUUGAAAAUAUGCGAAACACUCUGCCUCAAUGACAAGGAGUGCCAAACAUUCGCUUUCGGCAUUUCCGGACGAGGUAAUGGAACAUGCCAGUUAUCGGCAAACGUUAUCGAUGCCACCAAUUCCCGCCCUGUCGGAACCAUUUUCGAUCCCGACUUCGAUCUCUACGCACGAAAGUACAACUGUUUUUUAGACACGGGUGGGCCUUCGAAUCCUCCGCCACGACCAGGCCUGGGCACUUUCCCGGCGAGUGAACUGCCACCUGGUGGAACGCAACGGCCCACAUCAUCAUUUCCUCCUUCGUCUGGAGCACCAGAACGACCUGGGCCACCAGUUUUCACCCCUACUGGAACUACAGCGACAGGAGAACCAAUAUCAUCUACCAGUAAUGGAGGUGGAUUUUCCGAAACACGACCCACUAGUGAAUAUCCAGGGACCUUUUCAACCAGCGUUGGAACCACUUUUGGGCAAUCCACGGGCGAAACAGUUCAGGAAACCACUGCUCCCGAUGAAGAAUAUUACACCACACACCAACAGCCUUCAUCAACCCUAACAGGCCAUUACACACCCACCACCAGUACCGCUUCCGGUUCUCCGAUAACAACCGGUGCAGACCGGAUACCUUCAAAGCAACCUCCACCAACAAUGCCUGCAGAAUCACCCACGAAGUACCCUCUAGAUCUCAGACCUUCCUAUCCAGGAUCAUCCCCUGCCCGACCAGUGAGCUAUCCCAACUACCAGUUUCCAAUGCUCUACGAAACGAACUAUCCAAUGCCCAAUAACAACGAACGGCAGCCGGAUAUCUACGCCCAAAACAUACCGUCCCUGGACAACAACUACCUACGGCCGGAAUAUGCCGGAUACUUUGGCCAUCGUCCUUCGGGACCGUCGGCCCCAACGGGAAACAUGAAACCGGUAGAUAACACCUUAUCAAGUUACGGCGGCACUGGACCUCAACGACCGAUAGAAAACAAACCCUCCAGCUACGGGGGAGGUCCUCUACGGCCAUCCGGAUCCGGAUCAGGACCCAGUUCUUCGGGAUACGUGACACGACCUCCCCCAGUGGGCCCGUCCGGAUCAGACGGGUACAAAGUAACGGAGGACAAGCCUGACCUACAUUCGAGCAAAUAUCGACCGUGCUACCGAAGAGUGUUAGCCGGAAAACGAGUUGCCCCACAAUGGGUACGACGGACGCUGAUUUGCGAGCGUGUAGAAGACUGUCAACGAGAAUGCGGAGACGAACGAAGAUUCCCAUGCGAAGGGUUCAACUACAGACUCGACCCUACUGGCCGCGGUCAAGGAGACUGCGAACUGAUAGAUCAACCCUUGUCACAGAUCGAUCUGUACUCUAGUCCCCAUCAGCGGGACUCAAAUCUGAUCCGAGAUCCUGACUACGACUACUACGAGCGUGACCGAAGUGCUACUCACUCGUGUCGCCCCAACUAUGGAUGCAAAGAUUGCAGUAUGAAACCGUACCGGCCAUCGAUCGAUUACGUCAGGCCUACCACUUAUCGACCUCAUGCGGAAAGUUACAAACCGUACCCUCCUCAAGAUCGCAUUCCCUACGAGGAAAACCGCUAUAAACCCAUUACAGCAAUUGACAAGUAUCGACCUCCAACUUUCACCCGCCCUGAGUACGACCGCUACGCAUCAGGCUAUUUCCCACCACCACCACCGCCGCCGUUCAAACCCAGCUUUGGCGGCGACAUCGAUCGAUACGGAUCUACCGACCAUGAUCAUUACAAGCCCCCACAAUACGUGAGCGGAUCAUACGAUCGUAACGACUAUUUUCGACCGUCCUAUCCCUAUCCUGAAGAUGACCGUCCAUAUAUUCAUCGUCCACGUUACCCAUACGAAGAUCGCGAUCCAAUCCCACCACCAUCUCCCCCAGCGCAAUACCCACCGACAUCACAUUCCGAAAAACCCAGCUCCUUCAUCCCGUAUCUCAUCGGACAAGAUGCACAUAAAAACUGGGGCACCUACGGAGGAACUUACGGCCAUAGCGGCGCCGACUCCUACAAAUCGACUUCCGAUUAUUGGGGACUGCGUAACGAAGUCAAGCGCUACGAUGGACCCACCUUCAACUACUUCGAAUUGCGAAAUCCAGAGGAGAACACCAUUCUAAGCUACGGUGGUCGUAAAUAUAGCUAUGAAGAUUCAAACGCGCUUGCUACUCCGGAUUACCGACCUGCGCACUUCGGUCCGCAAUGGACGCGACGACCUGGCCACGACGAAUGUUCCGUCAAAUCGAGCGAGGGCUUCCGAUUGCACAAGGGAAUAGUCAAGUACGCCCUGAACACUCCAACGGUGAUCGAGUGCGAACGGACUUGCUUCUCGGAGUCACGUUUCCGCUGUAUGACGUUUAGCUACCGCUAUUCUACCAUUUCGCGGGAGAAUUGUCUACUUUGUGAUCGGCCCUAUCAGCUGUUGGACUUCUACGCCGAUGUAGAACCGGAUCGGGACUACGAUAUCUACGCGAUGACCGAUGAUAUGCGGGCCUGCCGAGCGGAUUCUCAUCCACCGAUUAGGGACGUCAAUGCACAAUGCUUCAUCCGAGUGAUCGACUCCUCGCGCUUCUACAAGGGAAUUGUACGUGACUCGCUCACCGUUCGAUCAGUGGGCGAAUGCGAACUGGAAUGCAUCCGGGCCUCCAAGUUCACGUGUCGUGCGUUCACCUACAGCUUCGGGCCCCAUUCCAUCAACUCGGUCAUCGACAACUGCCAGCUGUCGGACUGGCCCGUCCGGGAUAUGGACAAGGAUCGCCACUUGGUGUUCGACGAAGGAUUCGACGUUUUCGAGCGGGCGAGCUAUGGUCAAGGUUGCGAAAUUCAGCCCAUCAUCGACGAUAAGCACGCGAAGAAGUUUUGCUAUCUAGGGUAUGGAUCACCGGCCAAGCUACUGUCAUCCGCCAUCAAAAAGGUGAUAUCCGUUAAUACGGAACUCGACUGCAAAAAUGAAUGCGUACGACUAAGAGAGACUUCAGCGUUCAAAUGUUUAUCAUUCAGUUUUAGCGCGCAAGCUUCGACUUACAACUGUGAGAUGUCUGACCUAGAUCAAAGCGAAUUGAAACUUGGGGUUCAUUACGCUCACACCAACGAUCGAGAUUACUGGCUGUUCGCGUGGAAUCCAUUUGACUACACGUGUCGAGAUAAGAUCACCACGAUUAGCAGUGGCAAUGGAAAUCGCGUGAACCAUGAUCGCCGGAUGGACAUAUUCCGGGAGCCGGGUGACGGCAGUUGGCGCCAGUACACCGUCUCGGGCAAACCGUGCCGGCUCGGGACCAAGUGCGAGCGCAACAAGAUCACAGGGUUUUACUCGUGCGAGAUAGAGGGUGAUGAGAUUGGUGCGUGGGACUAUUGCUGUAAACCGGAGCACCCUUGCGGCUACUCGCAAGGGUUCGAGUAUCCAUGGUGCUUCGUGGGAGAUGCUCCCGACCAGUGGCGCAAGUGCAGCGAUAAGUACUUCCCCAAGAAAUCUAACCAUGGCCAUGGGCACCCCAAUGGGCUCACCGAUGGUACGCGUCAUCAAGACAAGAAUAAAAAGGGUGAAAUCUAUCAGUCACCUCCGAAACCGGGCGGACUGAGGCACCUGGACGACGUGACGGCUCCGGCGGAACUCUGGCCGGUGACGUUCCUGUACGACAAGGGCCCUCCUGGCAGCGGAAGUGGAAGCACCAGCAGCGGAGGUGGUAUUACUGCAGCCGCCUCGAAGCACAUACCCAUGGCGGGCAACGCGACCCAACUCAGCAGCAACGUGAUCGAUUGUAAGAAGGACAAAUGCUAGGAAAUAGGACAACGUUAAAUAGGCGAAUGAUGUGAUAAUGCGUUUCUGAUGGACAUACGUAGUAGACGGACGUUUGAAUAGCAACAGUGAAUUGUAGCUAAUAAGCAUUUAUAAAAGUAGCAGACGUUAAGUCCCUUUUCAAAUGAUUCUGUCUUGAACCCAGUGAAUGAUGCGUUUGAGACGGCGAACUUUCGUUCGCGUUGGCAACGGUCUUAUAUGAACGAUUCAAUACUGCCAAAACGAUCUUCUACUUUCAUUUCUGUUAAUAUUAAUAUUUAUGCCACUAUCGUAUUAGAAAGAACAUCGUGAGCUCUUACCACUUUCUUUAUCGUAUGAGAAAGAUCCGAAUAGCAAAAUGAAGGACCUCUUUGACGCAUCAAUAAAGAAAGCUGGUGACAAAAUUCAUCAUCAAAUCGGAUCUAAAUUAUUUAUAAGAAUUAAACAUGUAACUGUAGUCGUAGCUUUAGAUAUAAAACAAUCGAAUAAAAUGUAGUGUAUACUUGAAUAGCA